GCAGACCAUGGAGCUUCCAAGCACGACCCGUCUUCCGUCGCCGAUGAGUUUUACCACAGCGCCACCUACCGCGGACACGGCGGCGCCCUCGGAGCCAGUUUCGGACGCGUGCAUGCAGAUGGCGCUGGGGCGGAUGUGUGAGGCUCGCUACCUGCGUGAAAUGGAGUCGCUGCACAGCACCGCCUCGUGGUACGGCACCGUGUACGCCGUUCUGGUCAUCACCUUCUACGUCGUGUUCUGUCUGGUGCUGCUGCUGCGGUCCCGGACCAGCCUGAGCUACAGUGCGAGAGGAAACCUGCAGGCUUGCCGCGUGGUAUCCCGACCUCCCUGCAACCGCCGCGCGGCCGCAAGGGAUGUCACAAACGACAGCAGUUUCUCUACGGAAUCUGCGCUAAUGAGCGAACCGAGCUGUUCUUCCCAGGCGCCGUCCCGACCCAGGUCAACCGCGCACCCCUGAAGGGGUGCGGCUUUGGGGGGGGGGAAGGGAGCGAACUACUAUGAACGUCAAACCCCUUGAGACCCCACUUUUUUGCGAUAAUUUUUAAAUGCGUCAACUUUCGUUGACAAUAU